UCCAACACAAAAAGAAAAACACUUCUUCCGAGAGGCAGGGAAAACAUUUCCUCGCGGUUUCGCGUAAUUUUGGACACGGUGUUUUUUAGCGGAAAAUUCCAGGGGGGAACCCUUUGAUUGGGUUUUGUGAGUUUGUUUUUCUGUGCAAUGAGUUUUCCGGACGGGAAAAUCGUUCAAAAUUUCCAGAAUCGUCACCGUCACCUGGAAAAGGACCGAAAAGUGGGCGAGGUGUAAAGUGACGGAAAAGAAAUAAUAAAAAAAGGAAAAGAAAGGGGGUUGUUUGUGGGGCAUUGGGGGUGGUUGUAGAAGGAAGAACGACAAGAAAAGAGUUGUGUGUGUUUUCCUCUGGCAUAUGCACAUGAAAAACGAGGAAAAAACCACGAGCAUUACGAGACACAAGUGGAAAAUUGGAGCACUAGGGCAGCAAACGUGUAUGAGUUUUCUGUGUUAUCCCGAGUUGGUGUGUGCGGAUUCGUCGUGUCUCGAGCAACACUCGAAUCCUUCGCGAAUGGAAAAGUUUACGCAAAUGUCAAGGUUUUCCCGGCCCCGAAUGCAAGUUGUUCAAAAAAGCUAACGCUGAAAAAACGGGGUAAAAAGUGUGCUAAACUUGAGGAAAACCCCCUUUUCCCUAAUUGAAAACCCACACUGAACGCUUCGUUCAGAGCAACAGAGUGCUUUCAAAUCGCGGAAAAAAACGAGGAAAAUAAGUUUUGUGAAGACACACACACACACAAAUACCAUCGCAGGAUCAAAAGGAUAACAUUGGUCUCGGCGAAACGUGAAAAGGAACAAACAAAACCGAACCGAAGAAAAGUCCUAUCUCAUCGCGGCGGCUCGUGAUGGUUCUAAGCAAAAGAUCUUCACCACAAAUCGUCCCAACGGCUAUGUAACUGUAUGAUCGACCCAGUCGCAAACUGCUGACGCCACGAUGGUCCUGAGCACCGAGUGGUCCCAGGUGGAAAUCAUCGACCUCAUCAACGAUGGCAACGGGCUGGGCUUCAUGCUGGUAGGGGGCCGUAGCACCGGGGUCGUCAUCAAAGCGCUCAUCCCGGGUUCGGUCGCGGAGCGUGACGGUCGCCUCCAGAGCGGUGACCACGUGCUCCAGAUUGGCGAUGUGAACCUGCGGGGCUUCAGCUCGGAACAGGUCGCCACGGUGCUGCGCCAAUCGGGCCAACAGGUCCGGCUGAUUGUGGCCCGACCGGUGGAACCGACCUCGCCGGACUAUCAGGCACUCGCCAGUCACGCCCCCAUCAUUCCGACCAAAAUGCUGACCGACCCGGAGGAGCUGGACCGGACGCUGCUCCAGACGGCCGGGUACACUUCCGGAGCGUUUCUACAAUCACCCGUCGAGGACUCGGAGGAGCUGUGCCCCACGCACAUCGAGGUCGUCGCCGUGAACAAUACAAUAAAUAUCGAUAACAAUAGCUUAGCCUUAAUUUCCCCUUCGUCGAUUUCGAUCCCACAAGUGCUUAGUCAACCCGGGCUGCUGGCCGAGCUGGGGCUGAAGGACUGCCAGCAACUGCCACCGCCACUGCCCCCGCCGGAUCCGGCGCUUUAUAGGGACUCGCCGGAAACGCCCGAGACGGAGACUUACGAGGUCGAGCUUCGGAAGAACGUUUACGGGUUGGGGAUUACGGUGGCGGGGUACGUUUGCGAGGAGGAAGAUCUGUCGGGGAUCUUCGUGAAGAGUAUCAUUGAGGGUAGCGCGGCGGAGAUGAGUCGCAAGAUCCAGAUCAACGACCGGAUAGUGGCCGUUGAUGGGCGAUCGUUGAGUGGGGUUACGAACCAUCAAGCGGUCGAGCUGCUGAGGAACACGGACAUUGGGGUGAAGUUGUCGCUGGAGAGGUUCUUGAGGGGUCGGAAGUACGAGCAUCUGCAGGUGGCGCUGAUCGAUACCAGUUCUGCGGUGGCUGCAGCUGCGAGUAAUCCGCAGCUGUCGCAGUGCCAGAGCCAGCGGUGUUCGAUGAUCCAGUCUCCGUCGGUGACGACCCUGUCGAUAUGUCAGGCCAAGUCGGACGCGGAUUCGAUCGUGACGGAGUGCGGCGAGUGCGGGAUUGAGCCGGAAAUGGAGUCCGCCACUACGUAUGAUAGCAAUGUGUUCUUGUUGGAGAAUGGGGACUGCAGUGAAAACGGGUUGUACGAAAAUGGGGCGAUCAUUGCGGCGAUGGCUGCGUCGGCGGCGGCCACUCCGGUGCGGGAAAACAUGGAUCUGGUGCUGGACGCUUACGGGGAUGAUCUGCGAAGUGCGUCCCAGAUGGUGACCCCGAUCGUGGAGUUGGAUCCGGUGAUUGAGUUUUGGCAGCGGCAGCUUCCGAACUGCUUGGUGAUCUUCGCGGACAUUCAGAAGAUGUCGGGGCUGGGGAUUAGUUUGGAGGGUACGGUGGAGGUGGAGUGCGGGGUUGAAGUGCGACCACAUCACUACAUCCGGUCGAUCCUGGAAGAUGGACCGGUGGGUCGGGAUAAAACGCUCAAGCCUGGGGACGAACUGCUGCAGGUGAACGAGCACCGAUUGCAGGGCCUGAAACAUAUCGAAGUGGUGAAGAUUUUGAAGGAACUUCCGUCGAAAGUGCGCGUGAUCUGCGCACGUGGUUCUUCGGCGCCUACUGUGAUCAACACGUCGCAAAAUGCGGAGGCGUUCGAGGCGCGAAGUUUGCUGGCCGGCGGUCUCCAGAGUCUGCAGAGCCUGCAGGGCAUUCUGACCAAGGCCCAGUCGGAGAGUUCGCUGUACACGUCCAGUACGGCCACCCUGACCGAUCAGCAGCGCUCGAAGAGCGUCGAACAGGUGUCGGGCCUGGCACUGUGGACCAACGAAAUCAUCUACUGUGACAUCGAAAAAACGGAACGUGGCUUCGGCUUUUCGAUCCUCGACUACCAGGACCCGCUCGACACCGAGGGGACGGUAAUCGUGGUACGCGGCCUAAUCCCGGGUGGCUCGGCCGAAGCCACCAACUUUAUCUUCCCCGGCGACCGGCUGGUCUCCGUCAACGAGCACAGCCUGCAGGGUGCGACGCUGGACCAGGCCGUAAGUAUACUGAAAGGCAUCCCCCUCGGAACGGCACGCAUCGGCCUGUGCCGGCCGCUGUCCACCUCGGACAACAACCUAUCCUCGACGCCGGAAACUCCCACCACUUAACUACAAAUCAUUGAUCUGUUUUUCGAGUUUGACAUUUAAGUGUUCAACGCUCGGUACGCUAAUUAAAAGCAGAUCAGUUCCGUUCAGUUGUUGCCUAACAAUCAGUUUUUUUAGUCGUAAGGGCGUGUUUUGUAUAGAAAAUGCAUCUAUGCGGCGGCGGUCAAACUGACAGCUGUCACAAUACACGCUAAAUUAAGUGCACGAGGAAGCGCUCCGGAAUUUAGCUAAGCUUAUGCAAAGUUUUACGCUUCGGUUAGUGGUUCGAGGCUUUCUACUUUUCAAACUAGCGAGAGAAAAAGACCAGGUCCUCACCCUCCUCACAAAGCAAACAGAACAAAACAGCCCGCCGGAGAUUACCGUUUCAAUAUUUUUGUUUCGGAAACACAACCAACCACAGGAAAAAGGAUCAAGAUGGCUCCCCCUCGGAAAGUUGGGCGCACGCGUAGGCUUAACAAUAGACAGCAGAAGGAUAGAUAAAUAAAUUUUGAGCCUGCAAAUAGAAAACCGAAAAUGGAGAGUAGUCGCACAGCUGAAUUAAAAUACUGGCUGCUGCACAAAUAAAGAACAGAGGAGGCAUUGAGGUUUUGCGGCUAACCAUAAUGGACGACAACGCGCCGGAAGCAGAUGGUUUUUCGGGGUGCAGGCUUGGGUUUGCCGGAGUCGGGGAUGUUCAGUUUGAAUUGUGGUAUUUGUUUGAAUUUUAAAAUCGGUAUGAAUAUAUUUAUUUAAAAGUGUAUUUCUAAGUUGUCAAACGUACACGCUUAUGUUGUGUUACACGUUAGUUGGGUUGUUCCUAGCUUAACAAUCAAACUGAGCAUUCCUGCCUUGUUUGAAAAACGGAAAUGGGGAGCCUUCUUAAGAAGUUAUAAGACAAAACAGUGCAGCAAAUGGACAUGCUGGCCAUAAAUCUCUAGAUUUGUUUUUUUUGCGACAAAGUCCAACAUUAAACAACUAACAACUAGCAAGCGAUAGGGGCCUACAAGUUGAAGCAAAACAAUCAGAAGUCGUUUAUUUUUGUAUAUUUUGAUGAAUUGAACUCCACGUCGACUGCGUCGACGACAGCCCUUAUCUAAUAACUUCAACAGCAUAGAAAAUUAAACAAGUCAAAACAUUCCAACUCGGACGUCGCAGCCGCAGCUCUGAACGAUUUUUCUUCCCAACAGAAAAAAAAAAUUGCUCGAAAAAGGACGAACGGGGACGGCACAACUUUUGUCAUUUGGGCUAGAUUGAAUUUUUAGUCGAAAGGCCCGCUGAAAUAAAACUGGCGUCAUUCGAUUAAGGGACAGAUCAACAGAUUGUAGGACGGUUCCGGAAAGUCACGGCUGGAAGUUGUUUCGUCGAAGAAGAGGACCUCUCCGCACUGGAGAAUAUUUGAUAUUUCGGCUGCGAAUGGUUUUACAGACAAUCGCUCGGGAGAAUUUGGUUUCUGGUGUCAGAUUGCACGACGAAAUGAAAUUGUUGUGAUGGUUUCGGGGAAGCUUUGCCUUUGUCAUAUAGUUUGAAUACGCGAAACUAGAUUGGUUUUGUAUCUGGUUGCGCGAAUCGAGUUGUGUUUUCGAAGAAAGCAUCAAAACAACCCGGUUUUCAACCAGGGAUCAAAUUUCUAUUUGCGUGUAGAAACGCAAAUAAUCAAUAUUCAUUAGCCGUGCAUUUCGCGAUCUGUCAAAGUUUUUGGAACAGUGUUGCCAGUUAUUUUAUUGACGAAAACAAGUACGGAAGGGUAAAAAAGCCAAUCGCUAAUGAGCUCAAAAAUGAGUAAAAAGCAAACUUUUGGUUUUUGAGAAAUCUGGCUCUUCAAAAUGACAUUUCCAUGCUGUCAAAAUGACAAGUUUACACGCUAACAAGGAAUCACAGAGUAACAACUUUUUUCGUGGCGGGUAACUAAUGAUCGAUCAUAUCACAGCAUGUUUCCACUGCUCCAAGUUCUUUUCAUCAACUUUUUCCUCUCGCACACCUCGGCUAAUUGGAGUACACUUUCCACACCUAAAACAAAGGAUAAUACGACCCUCUCGAUACACCCUCCUCCUCCGUUGACAACCCCUUUUUCGUACCCACUCUUGCGCCUGUCAUCAUCGUAAUGUGCAAAGUUGAGCCCCGGCUGUCGUCUACCCACUUUAGGUUCCACCUUGCCUUACCCGGUUGUGUCACCGCCUCCGAGCGGCGCUAGUGUUCCAUAAAAAGUCGGAAAAAAUCUCCAACUCCGUAAUUGAACUUGACGGUGCGUGUGUGUGUGUCAGACACGUGUCUGCACGUCAUACUAAUUCCUAGUGUGUGCCAACCUUCCCCACUUCUUGAGCGAGUGUCACCUUUAAUACACAUGUUUAAGCGGAGCAAAAAAAAGCGCCAUCUUUUGGCGAAAAAAGUAUAUUUUUUGAUAGACAGUUCGCCGCCCCCAAAGUUAGGCCAGCUGGCGCCCAAAUUGGAUCGCAUUAGCGGGAAGCCACUGUAUAUGUGUUGAGAGAGAGGGGAAAGUGUUGAUUCUCCGCAAUUACCCCCUCUCCUGCAAGAGUUUUUUUUUAUCCUGAAAAGACUUUGCAAAAGUUGCACGUGGGCACACCCGGCAAGGAGUUCAUAUCGUACUUUUGCGUUUUAUUUGCGAGAGGGCGCAAAGAAAGGAGACUUUUGUGUACAACAAUAAAAUUUCAAGAGUUAUGCAGGCCCCACCUCUCGCCCUCGUUUUAAUCGGCUUUCUUACGACAGUUGUGAGCGCUUCGCUAGGGUGGUUUCGGCGCAAUUUGACAGCUCGCCUGGUGGUGCCAUCUGUUGGCGAAAUUGCACUAAAACACCCGGAAGUAUGCAACUUGCUGAAAACUAUUAUUUUGCCCGAAUUAGGUGACCACCCCGGGCGCAAAUUCUCCAAAUGCUAACCAGGUAGCGCCACGGUUGGGUGCCCAAUUUAAACUUUAAUUU